CAUCAGCCAUCUAGAAGGAAGCGAGAGAACCUUCGCAACCUUCAGCACAUGCAACCCUGCCUCGACAUGGGUUUCCUCGGCAACUUCCAUGGAUGAACCGCACCUGAGGUGUAGAGAGGCGAACUUCAGAGCACGGGAGAAGUGGAGGGUAAGAGGGGUUGGCGUUUUAAAGCUCCUGUUGGAUUCACGGCACGUUCCGCUUUGGGCAUCCUACGCAGACCCAUCUGAUUGCUCUACCCCCAUUCGUGUGUAUAUCUAGCCCGGCAUGUCUGAGCCUUGCUGGGUUGUGCCUACGACGUAUUCAUUCUCACCGUCAAAUAAUUUCUGGCUGCAUGUCACGUCCCCAGAUGCCCCAGAACACGGUCUUGAUAACAGGGUGCAGCGAUGGGGGGAUUGGCGCAGCACUAGCGGUCGAGUUCCAGCUGCGUGGCCUGCGCGUAUUUGCCACGGCCCGUGACCUGUCCAAGAUGACCAGUCUCGCAGCCCUCGGUAUCGAAACGCUGGAGCUGGACGUGACAUCCGAAUCAUCAAUCGAGCAAGCCGUAGCCAUAGUCCGAGAGAAGCUCAGUCUCACUAGCAGCGACCCCAAAGAUAAUGGCGCUGAAGAUGGCAAAUCUAACCCGGAUCAACAGCCGAGGGGUCGGCUAGACCUCUUGAUCAACAACGCUGGCGUGAACCACGUGAUGCCCUUCUCAGAUACCAAGAUAACCGAUCUGAGCAGGGUCUUCAACACAAACGUCAUCGGUUCGCUAGCCGUGACGCAGGCCUUUAUCCCGCUCCUCAUGCACCAAGGCGGUGCAACCGCCAAGACUAAAAGUACAGUCGCGAUGCUGGGAAGCGUCAACGAGGUAUUCAUGCCGCCUUACCAGCUCGCUUAUAACACCUCCAAGGUCGCCGUUCACGCCGCUGCCAGGGCGUUGCGCGUCGAGCUUGCGCCCUUGGGCAUUCACUGCGUGACGUUAGUGACGGGGAGCGUGCGUACCAAGUUAUUCGAGAACGCGCAGUCGAAGGUGCCCGAGGGGAGCUUUUAUGCCACUGUCGCGAGUCGGAUCGAGGGCCGAGAGUUUUUGAAAGACGCCCAUUGGGUUGACGCAGACGAAUUCGCGAGACAGGUCGUCAACGAACUGUUAAAGCCAAAGCCAAAUCCCGACAUUUGGCGCGGUGGCUUGGCUAGGGUCGCGUCAUGGUUGGCAUGGUUGGGAUGGGACAGUAUGCUGGAAUCUGCUAUCUUGAAAGCUAAUCAUCUUGACGAAAUUCAAAUAUAGAUAGGUAUUUGGGAAAGGUGUUUAUAUGAUUAGAGUUAGGCACCCGCGAAAAGGAACAAUGGUUGAGUUGGCGUAAAGCGGAAGACUUGGGUAUAAUUGUGAAAUAACAUUAUAAGGUGAGGCUGUUAGAAGAACAAGGCACUGCGAAUGAUUCGUGUAAUCAGGUGGUUUCUCUAUAGAUUCCAGCACGAGGUCGAGUUCAGGCUUUCUGAAGUCAGAAGCCCGAGACUCACUACUGGCGUGGGUACUAGUUAUAUGUCUUGUGCACUGCCCAGCGUACCUUCGAGAAAUCAGCUGCUUUACUAUACCAG